CUGCGCCCCGCUCCGCGCCGACCCGGGAUAAAAGGGCUUCUCCGGCCCCGGGAGCCACACGGCCCUCUCCGCCAGCGCCCCCGCCAGCUCCGCGCUCCAGGCACCGCCGCCCGACUCUCGAGCUGAGCCCAUGGCCCGCGCCGCCCCCGCCGCCGCCCUCCGUGCUCCCCGGCUCCUCGCCGCCGCGCUGCUGCUCGUGCUCCUGGCGGCCGCCUGCCAGCGCGCAGAAGGGGCGCCCGUGGUCACCGAACUGCGCUGCCAGUGCUUGCAGACCUCGCAGGGAAUUCACCCCAAGAACAUCCAGAGCGUGAAGGUGACGCCCGCGGGCCCCCACUGUGCCCAGAUCGAAGUCAUAGUUACCCUCAAGAGUGGACAGGAAGCUUGUCUCAACCCCGAAGCCCCCAUGGUUAAGAAAAUCAUCGAUAAGAUACUAAACAAGGACAGCGCCAACUGAGCUAGAGAGAAGAAGGAAGCUUGUCUGGUUCUUGCUACAGCUUCAGUGAAAGAAAAACAAACAGCUCCUAGGGCCAUCUGGAUUGUGUUUAAUGUGUUUGACCAUUUCCUAUGAGAAUUCUUUGGUUUGGUUUGUUUUUUUAAAGUAUUUAUUUAUUUAUUUAUUUUUCAAAGCUUGUUUAUUAAUGUUCUAUCAAUAUUUAAAGAUAUGAGUAUGUUUGGUAAUUUGCUAUACUCUUAAAAAGUCAUUUUAUUUUAAAUUAAAGUUUUUCAGUCCUGAUAUUAUUUAAUUUGAAGAUGAGGUGUUUUAAAUGUUCUUCAUACAUUAUGUUUUGCGUGUGGGGAGAUCACACCAAACCAUCCAUUCAUAAAGCCUAGAGUUUAAUAGUGGAGGAUCCAAGCAAUCAGAUCAUGGUAAAAGUAGAGGAAUGUAUGCACAUCUUAUGUUUUGUUCUGUGGAGAAUGUCAGUUGUUAUUUAUUGAAACAGUUUCACAGUAUGUGGUGAACAUUUCUGAAGUUCUGAAGUUUAUUUAGAAACUCCAGUAUUUUAAAUAUACCUUGGACAUUUUGUGUCUUCCUUGUAAGGCAUAAUGCCUGUUUAGUGUUAAAAUUAGUCAUUGUUUCUCUAUGUCUGGGAAUAGAGAAAUUUAAAUAUGUAUUGAUGUAUUUUUUACAACUAACAUGAAAAUAAAGCUUUUUGCAAAAA